AUGAUAACAUACAUUGUAUUUAUUUUAAGUAUUAUUUUUGUGCUUGGUUUUGUAGGAUUUUCUUCAAAACCUUCGCCUAUUUAUGGGGGAUUAGGUUUAAUUGUAAGUGGUGGGGUUGGUUGUGGUAUUGUAUUAAAUUUUGGUGGGUCUUUCUUGGGUUUAAUGGUUUUUUUAAUUUAUUUGGGGGGGAUAAUGGUAGUUUUUGGUUAUACAACAGCUAUAGCUACAGAGCAGUAUCCCGAGAUAUGGGUGUCUAACAAAACUGUUUUAGGGGCAUUUGUGACUGGUUUACUAAUGGAGAUUAUGAUGGUUUGUUAUGUGUUGAAAGAUGAAGAAGUGGAAAUUGUAUUUCAGUUUAAUGGUUUAGGAGAUUGAGUCAUUUAUGAUACAGGGGAUUCUGGUUUUUUUAGUGAGGAGGCUAUAGGAAUUGCAGCUCUAUACAGUUAUGGGACUUGGUUAGUUGUUGUGACUGGUUGGUCUUUAUUGAUUGGUGUGGUAGUUAUUAUGGAAAUUACUCGUGGAAAUUAA